AUGGCCCAAUUCUCCAAGAUCGUCAUUGUCCUCGCUUCAGUCAUCUCGACCUUAGUUGCUGCUAGCAGUUGCCACAAUGGCGGGAUAUACUGCGGUUUCGGAUUGAUGCAAAGAGGCAAUUACAUCACCAAAAUCAACACUGGUCUGCAGGCGAAGCACAUCACUAGAAGUGACUACCACCAGAAGAACUCUCUGUGGAGUUGUGGUGAUCACGGCGAUAUCGAGUUCAAGCAAAUCUGCGAGGUUGGGUGUUUCGAUAAUGGUACAGACGACGACGCUUGCUUGGAAAAUGAAGCGGCUGAAGCUGCUGCCGACGCGGCCGAGGAGGUGGCAGUAGCAGCUGCCCGCAAGAGAGAUGUUGGCAAUGUAUGGGUUGGUUGA